AUGCAGCAGAUCACGCGCGUCGAGAACGCCGAGCGCUGGUUCACAUGGCGAGUGGCGGAUGCGGACUCCAGUAGUGACUGGCGCAGUAUGUACCCGCAGUUGGACUACUGUGACUUUUGCCUCGGCUUCCCAAGCGAACGCUUUGAGUUUGAGGAAGAGCGCGACGCCGUUUUGCUGCAAUUCGUGCGCGAGUUGUCGGAGCUCAAAAUCGGCGAGGUCUCGACGCGGUGGGACGACAACUGUCAGUGGGAACACCGCCUGCCCAUCGACUUCCAGCACGCCAAGAUCCGAGUGGGUGACGUCUUCGACUACUACACCACCAGCGAGGGUGUGUUGGAGAUCCCCAAGCCACUUUCCCGUGAUGGACUAUCUGGAAAAUGA